AUGUUCAAGAACCAGUAUGCACAACAAAAACAGGUCUCCUUAAGCAUAACCAUGUAUGAGUACAUCGAUGAUGAGUCCAAAAGAAAACUAUCGUAUAAGAAAAGAAAAGGAAGUGUCGUAAAAAAAAUACGUGAGCUCAGCAUCCUUUGUGGUGUAGAUGCUGGGGCAGUCGUUUACAGUGGCCCCUCUGAUCCUCAACCAGAGGUUUGGCCGGACCAUGAAGGUGUCGAGCAGGUGAUUGAGAGGUGUCACUGUCAAGCUAGGCCCGCCUUGGAGGGGACCUUGAGCAGGGAGGAACCAAUACAGAGUAGAAUUAACAAAGGGAAAGAACUUCUGAUGAAAAGGCGAGAGGAAAAUCGUGGAGAAGAGAUUUACCAACUCAUGAUCCUCUCUUUGGCAGGGAAAGCGAUGCCCAGUCUUACAGAUUGGCUUGAUACGAAGAUGGCAGUUGAGCAGAGCUUGAAGAAACUUAACUGGAAGGAAGGAGAGUCUGGCAACGUGGACUUGUCCAUUCCACCUUCUGCAAUGUCAGACAAAUUGCAAGUUUUCCGAGAGGGGAUGUUGACAGACCAAUUUCAGCAGUUCAGCAUAGACACUACCAGAGAGGCAGAAGCCUAUUUUCCAGCUGCAACAACAUCUGAAGGGCUUUUCAUCAAUAAAGAGAAUGAUCAACAUGUGCAGUAUUGCAGGGGCAUUGGGAAUGUGGGAGAUUAUAUGGGCAUUGGUACAUGUGAGACUCUGCAGCCAUCUAGCAGUGCCAACCCAUAUAUUCCAACUCUACCAACAUCUGAAGGAUUUUUCAUCAAUAAAGAGAAUGAUCAACAUGUGCAGUAUUGCAGUGGCAUAGGAGACAUGGAAAAUUAUAUGGGUGUUAGUACAUACGAGACGCUGCAGCCAUCCAGCAGUGUUAACCCAUAUAUUCCAACUCUACCAACAUCGGAAGGAUUUUUCAUCAAUGAAAAGAAUGAUCAACGUGUGCAGUACUGCAGUGGCAUAGGAAACAUGGAAGACUAUAUGGAUAUUGGUGCAUAUGAGACGCUGCAGCCAUCUAGCAGUGCCAACCCAUAUAUUCCGACUCUACCAACAUCUGAAGGGUUUGCCUUUAAUGUACAGAAUGAAAGGCUGACCGACCAACUUCCGCAGUAUGGCAUGGACAUAGGACAUGUGGAAGAUUAUAUGGGAAUUGGUGCAUAUGAGAUGCCACAACAUUCUAACAACGCCAAUUACCCCUAUGUUCCAUAGCUUGUAACUCCUUGGAUCUUGGGCUUUGUUAUUUUAGUUUUUUUCG